AUGACAACAGCGCAGAUCAUAUCGCCUCGUUACGCUGAGCACCACGCGUCGGAAAUGGAGAUCACCGGCUCUAUCAAAAAGGUCCCCUUGUCUACGGGAGGGGAAACACAAAAACAUGUGAGCGUUUUUUGCGAUGCGGGACUGAAGAAAGCAACGCGGUGGUUCUCUGAAAAGAUCCAGGAGGCCAUCGGUGACGUUGGUUUCCUCCUCCGCCAGGGACCCGUUAUUGUUCUCUCCAUCGAAAACCACUCAGAGUGGGGUAUUAGACUUGCGCACCCAUCUCGCAAUGGGGUGUCGAUCUUUCGAGACCUUUCAGAUACCGAAGAAACAAGAGUGACUUUUAAGCUUUAUCCCCAGGACUUACCGAAAGAAACAACGCUUGAGACCCGACCCGUUGUGCGGAAGCUGCUCCCAGAUGAAAUCCUUUUUGUGAAAGGAUCGGUCAGAUUCAAGAUAGAAAUUCCUUCAGGGGGUUUCUUUGUCUGGCAAGGAAACAGUCAUCAUAUAAUAGGAUCUGACAUACACGGUUCAGAGAUAUUCGAAUUCAUGGCGAUUUAA